CUACAGCGUCAGAUCAACAGAGUCAACAUAACUAUGUGGAAAUGUAAUAGUUAACGUUAGGCUAGAUAGGAAGUUAACGGGGAAGGCUAUUUUCUAUUUGCUGUAUUCAUUGAAUGCACCCUCGGAAGCUGCACGCAGAUCAACAGUCGUAACUCUAUUAGAGUUUGUCUUAUGGAUUGUAGGCUACAUUAGUGCCGUGCCGUCCAAAUUUAGCGUACGAUAGUGACGGAUGCGGGAAGUUGUAGCUUAUGUAAGCUGUUUGUGGAACGUAGCCUAACGUUAGAUGUAUGGAAUUUGGUUAAGUCUGCCCAAGUAGCCUACUUACUGUACUGUAACCGGUAAAUCAUUUUAGUGAAGUGACUGGGGGCACAUGAGUGAUGCAUCCGUAACUAUAACUUCCAGUACGGUUCAACGUUGUCAUGGUGGUAAUAGUAUUGGAAUAAUUUAGCCUAUGUAACUCUUGUUGCAGAGUAAAGUUGUGCCGCUCCACCGGAAAAGAUAGCUCGCGAUAUAAACCAGUGAACUAUGAUGCGUUUCUUGCCUUUAUCAAAUUUGACAGCAGGUAGGCUGGAACUAGCCUAAUGUGCUGGAACGUAAGAAAUAUAGGCCUACUGAUUGUGCUGUGGAAUAAACAUGUAGGCCUAACUCGUUAGUUUUGUUAUUGAAAAAGCAAUUACUAAAAAACCUUUAAGCCAUGUCUGACACACUUUUAUCGGGGAGGAACUCGGAGGAUUUACUAGCAGAUUUCGAGUCACUAGUAAACUCUGGAGCGUUUGACCUGAGCGACCAGCCAGUUGUGAUCAUUUCGACUCCAAGUAAUGUCGCCUUUCCCACAGUUUGUCCAGGAGACCUAUACUUUGUUGCCACGCCCCAAACUUCGACUACAGAUGAUGAGCGCCUCCGAACAUGUUUGGGUCGACCACCGGUGAAAAGAAAGUUAGAUCUUGACAGUGACCAUCUGUAUAACAUCAGUCCAACACCUAAGGUCUUAAAUCAAGCUUCUUCAAGCUCCACAGCACUACCAAGAGUUUAUAAGAAUUCCACAGAGAAGUCACGCUAUGAUACUUCCCUGAACCUCACCACAAAACGUUUCCUAGACCUGCUAUCCCAAUCACCUGAUGGAGUUGUGGACCUCAACUGGGCCUCACAGACUCUAGAUGUACAAAAACGGCGCAUCUAUGACAUCACCAAUGUUCUAGAGGGUAUACAGCUUGUCACCAAGAAGUCAAAGAAUCACAUCCAGUGGCUUGGAAACUGCAUUGAUGGGCAGUCCAUGAUGCGAUAUCGGCACCUGCAGAGAGAUAUAUUACAGCUGACAGAGGUGGAAGGGAAAUUGGAUGAGCUCAUUUGCCAAUGUGACUUACAGCUUCAGCUUCUUACAGAAGACCCACAGAACAAGAAGCUCGGCUAUGUUAUGUGCCAAGACGUACGCAUGGUAGUGAAUCCUACCGACCAGCUGGUUAUGGUUAUCAAAGCACCCCCUGAAACAAAGCUGCAUGUUUCUGAACCUAGUGAGGGAUACCAGAUCGCCUUGAAAAGUGCCAGAGGCCCUGUAGAUGUUUUCUUAUGCCCAGAGGAUAAUUCCAAAGUGUACAGCCCUUUGACUGACAGCAAAGGACUAGUGCCCUCAAAACAAAUCUGCCCUCCUCAGACUACUUCAGUGGAGCCAACCGCAUGCACAUCAUCUGUCCCGGAUUCAUCCUCUCUUCCAUUAGAACCACCUCCUCUGAAUGAAGACCCUGUACCAAGUCAAGAAUAUAUGCCUGACUUGGACUUGACAUACUUUGAGUCUUCCAGCUUCCUGUUAGACCAUGGCAUGGAUUGCUUUAACAUACCCACAGAUAGUUUCAUCAAUCUUUCACCACCGCUGAGUCAAGACUACCACUUUGGGAUGGAGGAGAAUGAAGGCAUCAGUGAGCUAUUUGAUUCUGACUUUGGUGAACUGGGCCAUUUUGAAUUAUAAGAUUGUUUCAAGAAAGUGAGUGAAUGGACAGUGCAUACAUACAGUAACAUUUAUACAGCAUGCUGAUAUGAUGUGGGCCAGACUUAUUCUAUAUACUGAGGGGGUAAUGCAUUAUCAAUGUUUAAGUGAAUUAUGCCUUUUAAAUUUUCAAGAGCACUAUUUUGUAAAUGUAUCAACAUGCUUUAUGUCAAUAUUAUUUAAAAUAUGUAUUUGCUGAUCAGUCUGAAAUACCUCAAUUACAUAGAUUUGAACUGGCACUUUCAUAGCUGUUCUGGUUUCCCUUUCAAUAAUUAAAAGUUGUGGGUGAUUUGUGGGAAACAAAUGAGUUCACUAGAAAAUAUUGCCAGAAGUUUGCCAAUGUUGACCACUAGAGGCAAAGUUCCAGCAAAGUUCUGAAAACAAUGAGAAAUUUGCCACUAGUGACAAAAUGUGUUUGCCAGUGAUUUGCCACCACACUUAGCCAAAAAGAGAAAACUUCCAGUGAACUUCUGGUAACAAACCUAAUUUGCAUAUGACAUUGGUGCAAAUUAACUGCAACAUUGCCAAAAGUUAACCACAACUGUUUGCCAGGAACCUAAUUUGCAUGUGAAAAUAUGACCUUGCCGCAAAUUUGCAGCAACUGUUCGCCAGAAAGUUCAAAUUUCUGUAAGUGUUAUGCAAUGGUGGCUUCAUGUUUAGGGCUGUAACAAUAUGCAUAUCGAAAUCGCGAUCACUCACAUCCACGAUCCUGUGCUGCGGUAUGAGAAGGCAGAAUCAUGACACACCCUUUCUAGUGAUUCCUGCAGGCUUUGCAGCUUACGCGGCCGCAUAAACAACACACAUCUCCCGCUUUACUUACUGGUACGUUGUCCAGAAGAAGAAUUAGAAUUAUAGAAUUAAACCCCCUCUCGUUGCCCUGCUUUCUCUCUCUCGCUAGACCUCUCUCUUGGACAGGCGCCUCUUCGGCAUGCACAUUUAAUCCAAAUAAAACAUUCACAAUCGUGAAAGCAAGCACACAUAGAAGACGUUUAGCUAAAUUAGGCUACUAUUAAAUCCGGUUAGCAUAAUUAGCAUGUAACUACACAGUUACAGUGCAACUGGAAAGUUUUCAGACCCUUUCAAGUUUUCCAUGCACACAUUUGUUUAAAACUCUUGCAUUCAAGUUGACUGAUCAUCUCAAUACCAAUGUUUUCCCAGACUCAAAUGGGCCUGUCCCAGGAGAAAAAGUAUUACCUUGAAACUUAAACACACGUGGGGAAACUGAACAGCCCAAUCAGUAGAUAAUCUGGCCAACUAUGCUGCUUUGUUUACAAUAUUUACAGGCUUCAACCAGACAGCUGAAUUAAAGAGGUAGUUGUAAUAGAAAUAGUAGGCUAUAAUCUGCA